AUGGCCAGCACAUUAAGCCCCAACACUAUCACUGAGACCCCAGAGACCCCUCCGUUGUCAAGACCCAUUCAAAAUGCUGCUGACAUCUCUGUCAUUGUCAUCUAUUUCAUAGUGGUGGUAGCUGUCGGGCUAUGGGCCAUGCUGAAGACCAACCGAAGCACAGUUGGAGGUUAUUUCCUAGCUGGUCGAGAUAUCUCCUGGUGGCCAAUGGGAGCUUCUCUCUUUGCCACUAACAUAGGUGCCGGCCACUUUGUGGGCCUGGCUGGGACAGGGUCAGCUACUGGAAUAGCUGUUGCGGCAAAUGAAUGGAAUGCCUUGGUGCUGGUGCUGGUCCUAGGGUGGUUCUUUGUCCCCAUCUACAUUAAGGCAGGGGUAAUGACCAUGCCAGAAUAUCUCAAGAAGAGAUUUGGUGGGAAGCGGCUCCAGAUCUACCUCUCCAUCCUCUCCCUCAUCAUGCUUAUGGUCAUGCAAAUCUCAUCCAACAUAUUCUCUGGAGCUAUAUUCAUCCAGUUGGCCUUUGGACUGGACCUUUACCUGGCCAUCUUUAUCCUCUUGGCUAUCACUGCUGUUUACACCAUCACAGGGGGCUUGGCCUCAGUGAUUUACACAGACACUCUUCAGGCUUUCAUCAUGGUCAUUGGCUCUGUGACUCUCAUGGGUUUUGCAUUCGCUGAGGUUGGAGGCUACGAGAGCUUUGUGGAGAAGUACAUGAACUCCAUCCCGUCUAUAACUGAAGGGGACAACUUGACAAUCAGCCCCAAGUGCUACACUCCUCGGGAGGACUCCUUCCACAUUUUCCGAGAUCCUAUCACUGGAGAUAUUCCUUGGCCAGGAAUGAUGUUCGGAAUGACCAUUAUAGCUUUGUGGUACUGGUGUACAGAUCAGGUUGUUGUACAGCGCUGCCUAUCAGGAAAGAACAUGUCCCAUGUGAAAGCUGCCUGCAUCCUGUGUGGCUACCUGAAGCUGCUGCCCAUGUUCCUCAUGGUAAUGCCAGGAAUGAUCAGCCGCAUCCUCUACACAGAUAAGGUUGCCUGUAUUGUACCUUCUGAAUGUGAGAAACACUGUGGCAACAAAGUUGGCUGCAGUAACUAUGCCUACCCAACCCUGGUGUUGGAACUCAUGCCUGAUGGGCUGCGAGGCCUGAUGCUAUCUGUCAUGUUGGCCUCUCUCAUGAGCUCCCUGACUUCCAUCUUCAACAGUGCCAGCACCAUCUUCACCCUGAACAUCUACACCAAUGUGAGAAAGAAGGCAUCUGAGGGAGAGCUCCUAAUAGCUGGACGGCUAUUUAUCCUCGUUCUACUUGUCAUUGGCCUUCUGUGGGUCCCCUUAGUACAGGUAUUUCAAAAUGGACAGCUAUUCCAUUACUUAGGAUCAAUUUCCAGCUACCUUGGGCCUCCAGUUGCAACUGUCUUCCUGCUUGGCAUCUUUUGUAAAAGAGUCAACGAACCAGGAGCGUUCUGGGGACUGCUGUCUGGACUUGUGAUUGGCCUUAUCCGUAUGAUCACAGAGUUUGCCUAUGGAACCGGCACUUGCUUGGUCCCCAGUAACUGUCCCAAGAUUAUCUGUGGAGUGCAUUACAUGUACUUCGGCAUCAUCAUCUUCUGUGUGACCACAGUGGUCGUCCUGGGAGUGUCCUUCCUCACAAAACCAAUUCCCGAUGUACAUUUGUAUCGCUUGUGCUGGGCUCUUCGGAAUAGUACAGAAGAAAGAAUUGAUAUAGAUGCAGAAGAGAAAAGACAAGAAGAAGUUGAUGAUUCUGUUGAAGAUGAUGCUCCUGAGAAACCUCGUGGAUGUCUCAAGAGAGGCUGUGACUUAUUCUGUGGCUUGCAAAAGACAGGACCCAAGUUGACAAAAGAAGAGGAAGAAGACCUGAAGAGGAAGCUCACAGACACGUCAGAGAAGCCUUUGUGGAGAAAUGUAGUGAACAUCAAUGCCAUCCUCCUUCUGGCCAUAGCAGUUUUUGUCUAUAGCUACUUUGGUUGA